CUGACUGAUGACGUAUUAAACCGGUCGGUGUUUACAAUGGCGGCUUUCUGCUAAUUGGAAGAAAAUGUAUGUUCUCUACCUGCAAUAAAAAGUCGUAGUUUUGCAUGAAGGAGUAAGAAGAUAUUUCUUUCACAAUGAACAACAGAACCUCAUAUUUUUAUGACCCGGACGUGGGCAACUUUCACUAUGGUGCCGGUCAUCCCAUGAAGCCUCACCGUUUGUCUCUGACUCACAGUCUGGUGUUGCACUAUGGGCUCUAUAAGAAAAUGAUGGUAUUCAAGCCAUACAAAGCGUCUCAGCACGACAUGUGUCGGUUCCACUCUGAGGACUACAUAGACUUCCUGCAGAAGGUCAGCCCCAAUAACAUGCAGGGCUUCACCAAGAGCCUCAACACAUUUAACGUUGGAGAUGACUGCCCUGUGUUUCCAGGACUUUUUGAGUUUUGCUCACGAUACACAGGAGCCUCCUUACAGGGAGCCACACAGCUCAAUCACAAGAUCUGUGACAUUGCAAUUAACUGGGCCGGAGGUUUGCAUCAUGCUAAGAAAUUUGAGGCUUCUGGAUUUUGUUAUGUCAAUGACAUCGUCAUCAGUAUUCUGGAGCUACUCAAAUACCACCCGAGGGUUCUGUACAUCGACAUAGACAUUCAUCAUGGUGACGGGGUACAGGAAGCCUUUUACCUGACCGACCGCGUCAUGACCGUGUCCUUCCACAAAUACGGGAACUACUUUUUCCCGGGAACAGGUGACAUGUAUGAGGUGGGAGCAGAGAGCGGUCGGUACUACUGCCUCAACGUUCCUCUCAGAGACGGCAUAGACGAUCAAAGCUACCGGCAGCUGUUCCAGCCGGUUAUUAAACAGGUAGUGGAUUUCUACCAGCCGACCUGCAUUGUUCUACAGUGCGGAGCUGAUUCUCUGGGCUGCGACAGACUGGGCUGCUUCAACCUCAGCAUACGAGGACAUGGCGACUGUGUGGAGUUUGUGAAGAGUUUUAAGAUUCCUCUGUUGGUCCUGGGAGGAGGAGGCUACACCGUGAGGAACGUGGCCCGCUGCUGGACCUUUGAGACAUCUCUGUUACUGGACGAGUCUAUCAGCGACGAGCUGCCUUAUAGCGAGUAUUUUGAGUACUUUGCCCCGGACUUCACGCUGCACCCCGACGUGAGCACCCGCAUAGAAAACCAGAACUCCAGACCGUACUUGGAGCAGAUCCGUCAGACGGUGUUCGAGAACCUGAAGAUGCUGAACCACGCGCCCAGCGUGCAGAUCCACGACGUCCCCUCUGACGUGCUGAGCUACGAGCGCACCGACGAGCCCGACCCCGACGAGAGGGGGGGCGAGGAGAACUACACCAGGCCGGAGGCAGCCAACGAGUUCUACGACGGCGACCACGACAACGACAAAGAGAGCGAUGUGGAAAUCUGAAACGUGAGAACGAAAGGACCUGAGCUUUUUAUUUUGUUUUCUCGCAGCGUUCCAAUUUGUGCUCUCAAAGUACCACGUCGUCGCUGCAGAUUGAACAAAAACGUCUCUGAAAGGGCUGGGAAAAAAAAAAGUUCCUCUGUUCUUACUCAUUCGGUAUUCGCCCUAAAGUCACCCGCCCCCGGCGCUGAUGUCACUCUGGUUACAGCUACUGAAAUACACACCCAGUGUCAUGUAAAGAGUACAGGACAAGACCUAUUUGUUUAAAACUGGACCUGAUGAUCCUUAUUGUUAGAACUUACAAACAUUGUCAACAGGUAUCAGAAUGCAAAAAAAAAAAUGCAUCUUUUCCUUUAUGUGCUCAUGAAGAUUUGCACAUAUCGAUGUUGCUAAUGGCAUAUUAUUUUCUUUAAUUUGUUUUUGCACUUGUAAUCUUGGUCACAUUGUGUUUAGUUAUGCAAUGACAAGAACAUCAUCUGUAACAAUUUCCAUACUUUUUUUUAAUCAACAGAGUUGAAUUCUGCCUAAGGCUGGUCUGCAGCCACCUGAUGUUUGAGACAAACAAAGCUUUGCAUUGUUUUAAACUAAACUGGAUUUCAGAUACAAAUGAAUCAGUCUAUUUUCACAUUUCACAGUCCUGCGUGGCUGUGAGAAUCUAUUUUAAAAUCCUCAUUAAUGUGCCUAACGGCUCUGAAAAGUAAAGCUCGUGUGUGUACAGCUGGGCACCUUCAUA